AUGGCGCAAGUCCGCGACAGCUUGGAUCAGCCAUGGAAAGGCGUGAAUCUUGGCGGCUGGCUCCUUUUGGAGCCUGGGCCAUCCUACCCCCUCUUCAUGCAGCACCCGCUGAAGGAUAAAAGCGAGGCACGAUGCGAAUGGGACAUCAUGAAGGGCUUAGCCGCAAAAAUGGGCAAGAUGGGAGCAGCCGAAGUGGUGCGAUCCCACCGCGAGACUCACACAACCAAGGCAGAUUUUCAGCGGGUGCGCAGCUGCGGCCUCAACUCCGUCCGCCUGCCCUUCGGCUACUGGGUGGUGACCGAGCCGAGGCCAAAGGAGCCUUAUGUCGGUCCGGCGUUGGACUACAUUGACCGAGCUGUCUCGUGGGCCGAGGAGUUUAAUCUGCAGAUCGUGCUUGAUCUGCAUGGGUGCCCCGGUGGCGAGAGCCCAGAGGCCCCGUGUGGCCGUCGCCAGCGUCCUGAGAGCCGGUGGCACUGGUCGCAUUGGGAUUUCCAGGCUUCACUCAAAGUGCUGCAGAUUCUAGCGCAGCGCUAUGCCCAGCGCUCGUGCGUCACCGGCAUCGCGGUGUGCAACGAGCCAUCCGGAGAGGUUCCGGCCAAAGCCCUCAUCUCGUACUACUCCAAGGCCGUGGAUGUCAUACGGAAGGCAGGCAUGGACGCACAGAGGGUGGCCGUAGUGCUGCCCGUCUUCCAGCGCCCAGAAGGAGAGGAAGGCUUCAUCCAGAAGUGGGCGAAGUCCACGAAGGGCAAACACCGCAAUGUGUGCUUCGACGUGCAUUGCUACCACUGCUUCGAGAACCAAUUCCACGGCAAGACCUUCGCAGAGCAACUUCGAGCCGUCGAGGCCAACACGGAGAUGUUCAAGCUCUACCCCAUGGUCGCAGGGGAAUGGUCACUUGGUCUUGGUCAAGCCACGUGGUGCACCUGCGGCGAUCUAGAUGAGGACACCGUUCUCAGUAUCUUCGGAGUACAGCAGCAGGAGGCCUUCAAGGGCGCCUCCCAUGGCUCCUUCUUCUGGAACUGGAAAGAGGAUCCUGACAACAAGGAGUGGCACUUCCAGCAUGCAUGGGAUCUGGGCCUCUUCUCUCGUUCGCCGUUGCCGCUGCCUCCGUGGGACCGCCAAGGUGAGGACCCGCUCGAGGAGCUGCUCCAUCCCUCGCCAGAAGACCCUGUUGUCUACUAUGGUGAUGUCGUGUACCUUCGUGUGUUCCAUGGUCGUUACAUUGAGGUGCAGGGAAAGGCUGCUGGAGCCUUGGUCGUUAAAGUGGACUGCAAUUGGUCAGACAAAGGCGAGUGGCAGGCUGGUGCAGCUGACCUCUUUCCCGCUAUUGUGCAAAUAUUGAACCAAGAGCUCUGCAAGCAACACCGUGCCAGUAUUGAGUUCUCGUUUUGCCCUUCGGGUGAAGGGGAUGCUGGACUGAAGGACCUGUCGGACCCAUGCUGGAGUGCAGAGAGUAUGCAGUCUCACUGUGCCUGCCGCGUUCUUGCAAACCAUUCUUCUGCACAGGAGAAGGCCAAGAGGCCCGUUCGCCACCGCGACAUUCUGCGCAUCCGAGCCCGCAGUGGAAGUUUCCUGGCAGUACCCCGUGAUGCAGCUAGCGGCGCCCUCGCUCUGGCCCAAGUGGAGCAGGUGACAGCUACACGAAGCAAGACGUGCAAAGAAGCGGAUUUCGAGGUGAUUUUGCACGAAUCCAACGUCUUGAAGCAUCGCGGGCUGGCGCCAGCGCCCCAAGUCGUUCGCACGAGGGAGAAGAUGGGAUUCUUGGAGCUUGGUCAGGAUAAGGUUUGGGGCCCUUUGAAGGCAUGCCCGCUAGAGAGCCCAAUAGCUCUCCUGCAAAACAGACGCUGGCCCAGAUACUUCUUCAGCCGCGCGACUGCCACGACACUCGACGCAGACGAGGACGAGAUGGGCAUCCGCGCUCGCUGGGCAGAUUUCGGAGAUUGGCAGGCUUUCGCUGUGGAGCGGCCUCUUGAGCUCCAGCGCCGCGUAGCCUUGGGCAACUUCGCCGUGGAGGAAGCGCCGCGGCGGAGACAGCGAGGUCCCAUGAAAGUGGCAACGGACUGUGAGAUGCCAGGGGCCCUGAAGCGCAAGGCCGUGGAGCUAGAGAGCGCGCCGGACGAGUAA